GGCUUUGUAACUACUUGCCCGAGUUGGAUGCAGUUCGAGCACCAAAGUGGAUUUAAAAAGGCGCAUCUCGCAGGACCUUCAGUGCAAACAGGCGUCGUGACUUACAAAAAAAAAAAAAAAAAAAGGCGAGGAAAAGUCAGAGUGACCUAUUUCAUCGGAAUACAUAUGCACAUGUAUCCAGGCCUAUAUGUCUUUUUUUUGUUGUUGCAUAUCAUCGUUUUUGGAGUAUUUCAGCAUAAAUCCAUUGCACAUUUUCGGUCUUGUGCAUCCUUUUAUUAGUCUGUUUUGGCACUGAUUUGUUGUUGUAACAGUUCAUAAAAAUCACAUGUCUUUUUAAAAGAUGACAGAGGAAAGUUGCAUGGGGGUAUCUUGGAGGAGGAGUUCCUCGUGACCAAACAAGUAACGGAUUUUCCCUUAUAAAAAAGGAAACUGAGUCCGACUAUUCAAUGAACAGUUUUAUUCGGAGACUCCGGUGUACAGCAGGUCCUGGGGCAAGCAAAAGAGCGAUCACACAUCAUCAAAAACCUGCAUCUGUCAUUUGUCAGUGUGCACGCCCUUAUUUUAGUGCUUCCUUAUUUAACAGGGCACCUGCCUGUGAGCUCAGACAUCCUCUGACAGCAAACCUGCCUUAAACAGCAGGCUGCCAUGGUUCCAUGCCAGUUCAUCCCAAGCUUUACGGGUUGACCCACUGGAAGCUCAGCACUCUCCUCCUCUUUAUCCUCUACAAAACCCCAGAUAACCUUCCCGUCCAUCCUACAGCCCUCCUCUGUUUACUCCCUUUCCCACCACUAUCACCAGCAUGAUGGCUUGUUGUGCCGCGGGCUUGUUUGGACUUGCAACCACAGCAUCACACUCCACUACACAGACUUGCGGAUGCUUCAGCCACUAGAGUGAAAGCUCCAGAGAGACUGGGGGGAGGGACAGACAGCCAGAGAAGGAGAGCAGCACUACAGGAGAGAGGAGGGAUCAUCAGUCCCAGCAGCAGAGGGAUCCACCUGUGCCACAGAGGAAGCGGGGGCCCCCCCACCUGAUCCAUCUGGUUGCAGGGGGGGACCCUGCAUAGCCUGGAAGGCAACAGGGACUAUGCAGCUGGGACUGGUGGCGCUGGCAAUGAUCUUUCUCAGCUCCAUGGGUCACAGCGAUGUUCUCAAGCUUUCCAAGGCAAGGAGGCAGAGACGGGUUAGUACUGAGGGGCCACCAGCUUGCCCCAAAGGCUGUGACCGUUGCUCUGAGUAUAAUGGCUGCAUUAAGUGUAAGCCCAAACUCUUCAUCUUCCUGGAGCGCAAUGACAUCCGUCAGAUCGGUGUGUGCCUCGCCUCCUGCCCCAUGGGAUACUUUGGCAUGAGAAACCCAGAGGGCAAUAACCGAUGCACACAAUGUAAAAUAGACAAUUGUGAAGCGUGUUUCAAUCGCAAUUUUUGCACAAAAUGUAAGGAGGGCUUGUAUUCACACAGUGGGCGAUGUUAUGUCAGCUGCCCCCCAGGACAGCGCACCGCCAACGAGACCAUGGAAUGUGUUGGUCAGCCUUCUUCAGAGUGUGAACUGGGUGAGUGGAGCCAGUGGGGUUCCUGUAUGAAGAAGAAUAAAACGUGUGGAUUUAAAAAGGGCUCCCAGUCCCGGGUCCGUGUACCCCUUCUGCAGGUUCACAGUCUGGACACCUCCCCUUCUUUUGUACCCUCACAGACCUGCAUUCCAGAGACAGAGAAGAGGAAGUGUGUUGUGACCAAGACGCCUUGUGCGAGAGAGAGGAAGAAUAAGGGAGACAGACAAGACGAUGCAAACAGGAGAGACAGAGAAAAUACACGUGGACGAGGUGGUAGCAGAGGAGGAGGAGGAGGAGGAGGAGGAGGAGGAGGAGGAGGAGGAGGAGGAGGAGGAGGAGGAGGAGGAGGAGGAGGAGGAGGAGGGAAGCGAAGGAAAAGCCAGAGCAGGACCACCACUGCUCCCAGCUUUACAACCAGCUCUGUCACCUAAACUCUUAAGACUAACUGGAUGAGGCUGAGGGGAAAAAGCAAAGACAAUGCCUCACCCAGCAGUGCCAGCCACAGACAAAGACUAGUGUUGAAGGAUUGGAUUAAUGCUGCUAUGCUGCAUUGUAAAAGAUGCAAAGAAAACUGGAGGAUUGCUGCAACACAGGGUUUCCUGAAGCUUUUUGAAUAAAUGAGCAUAUCUGGAGGAGACUUGUUGACUUUCAUUCGACCGUAAAGGAUCACUGUUGGACAGCAAAGUCAUGUUGAAGAUUGUGGUUGGGCUUUGUUUGUGUCAUGAACUGACCCUGUGUAAUUCCUGAUCUAAGAUCUUGUGUUCCAAAUGCAGCAUUCAAGCUUAAAGCUGGUAAUUAAUGAAGGGUUUCUAAGUCUCCUCUGGUAAAUGAUGUGUUUUGUUCCAGUUCGAUUUUAGUCACAAUCUGUUCUUCAUUUGUUUUUGUCUUUGUGAGAGGUGGCAGAUGGAUUAUUUCAAAUCACUAUGUGUGGUGUAAAGUCAGUGAAUACUAUUAAGUAUUGGUACCUUUGAUUCCAAUUGGAAAGUCAAACAAAAAGAAAGGCACUGGAAAUUAUUUGUGGUUGUUCAGGACAGAAGGUCUUCUAUAAAUCACUUUGAGGAAGGAAUCUGUUACAAAACAAGAUUAAGAAAAGGUGACGAGAAGUCAGGGCUUAGUGGGAGCUCAACCCACGUCCUACUUUGGUCUCUUGACACAAAUCUUUGCCAUUUGAUAGGUUAGUGUUUGGUUUAAAGUGAAUAUUUUUUUUCUGAAAGUUUCUCUGCACAGAAAUGAGUAUUUGCAUGGUACAAAGUUGCACAUGCGUGAAAGCAUGUGUAUGUGUGUGCGUGUCCACCUGAAGUCUGGGUGUUUGUGUAGUUUCUAUGUAUAUCUGCUGGGAUUAAAGUUGUUUGUCAACAGAAUCAAGUUGUUCAUACAUGUGUGUUGAUGUUUGCACAUGUGUUAAUACUGGUCUCAUUGAUUUAAGGAAUAGAGUUUAGAAAACACGAGGAAGAAGAUGUAAAUGCAGAGUGAUAUAUCGAAUAUGCAGUAAAUACAAGCCACUAAUGAUUAUAUAAGCCAUCCAAUCAUCAGCAGCUCCAUAAUCAGUAUGUUUGCAACAGGGUCUGAGUAUUUUGCACAUCUAUAAUAUUUCCUACUACUCAUAUUUCAGAACAGUCAUAGCAUUUUACAGAUGUAUAUUACCUACAGUGCUUUCUAUGGGUUUUGCUUGUUUUAAACAAGAUAUUAGUUUCAGGACAAGUUACACUCUUCAUUACUCAUUCAUAUUAUGGAUUGUGAUGCUGAAUAUGUUGAGUUGUGUUUAUCAUCAAAACAUAAGAAGUAUUAGUAUCAUCAUGUAUAGCUUUUUCUGUGAAAGCCUAAAUAAAGUUCCAAUGAAGCUAAAGGCA